AUGCCCCUUUGGCUCGUAUUCCACCCCACGGGAACUUUUGAGGACGCCGCUUCUAAGCAUGCCUUGACAAAAGAUAUAACGAAAAUAUACACCGGAAUUGGUCUUCCUGCCUUUUAUGUGGUUGUCAAUUUUAUGAAGCUCCCACCUGGAGAUGUUUGGGUUGGCGCCGAAAGGAAACUCGAAAAGCCAUUCAUUCGAAUCGUUGCCGAACACAUUGCGGUUCGACUUGAUGAUGAGGACCGCAUUUACAAGCAAACAUGCGGUGCGAUCGAAAAUGCAUUGAGGCCGCAUAUUGCCGACAAAGGUUAUGACUGGGAAUUCCAUGUCGAUGAGACUGAAAGGAGACUCUGGAUGGUCAAUGGAAUGAUUCCUCCACCGUUUGGCAGUGACGCAGAGAAGGUGUGGGCCAAGGAAAACAGACCAGUUGUUUGGGAAGGUGCCUAUUGA